AUAUAAGGUGGAGAGACGCCUCCCUUCGUCUCCGUGUUAGUCUGAAGAAGGAAAAGAUGGCGAGGGUGGUGGCACAGGCUAUCCUGGCGGUGGCGCUGGUGGGGACCCUCUCCCUCGGCCAGCAAACGAAGCUGCAGGCGAUCGAGUGUCCAUUUCCAGAGGGUCAAGACGUCGCUUCAGAAGCGAAGUGCGCUGAAUACACAGCCUGUGAGUGGACGGAUGGCAGGUGCCACAUGGUCAGCAAUGAUGUUGGAGGCUAUGUGGUGGACGGUGAAGCUCAGGACACCGGCAGAGGAUUCAAGGUUAACUUGAAGAAAGCAGAUGCCUCCGUAACCAUGUUUGGUGGAGACGUGACCGACCUCGUGUUUGAAGUUAUCUACCAUGAGAACUACCAUCUGCAAGUCAAGAUUUAUGACCAGGCCAACGCACGGUAUGAGGUCCCAUUGCCACUAAACCUGCCAGCUGAAGCCGAGACGGAGCCUCUUUACUCCGUCGGCGUCAGCGGCAACGGAGAACCAUUCCACUUUAACGUCAACAGGAACUCGAACGGCAACACCAUUUUCCGAUCGGAGGGACCCCUGACUUUCGAGGACCAGUUCAUCCAACUCAACACAGAACUCAUGUCGACCUACUUGUAUGGCUUCGGCGAGAACACCCACACGUCCUUCCGUCAGGUGUUCGAGCCCCGCACGACCUUCCCGAUCUUCGCUAGGGACCAGCCUGUUGGGACGGAUCCCAUGAACGAGUAUGGUCACCACCCUUACUACAUGGUAAUGGAGGACGACCUCGGGAAUUCUCACUCGGUUCUUCUCCACAACAGCAACGCAAUGGAGUACUCCACCUUCCUCCUGGACGACGGGACGCCCACCCUUACCCUGCGCACCAUCGGCGGCAUCAUCGAUCUUCACUUCUUUUUGGGACCCGAUCCUGAAGAUUUGAACCUUCAGUAUGCUAAUAUGGUCGGCACACCCGCUAUGCCCACGUACUGGUCGCUGGGUUUCCAUCUUUCCCGUUGGGGUUACAACUCGACCGAUGGCGUUCGUGCUGCCAGGGAGAGGAUGAAGGCUAUGGGCAUCCCUCAGGACGUGCAGACGUGUGACAUCGACUACAUGGACCGUCAGCGUGAUUUCACUUAUGAUCCUGUCAACUGGGGUGACAUGCCAGAUCUCAUAGAUGAACUGCACAAUGACAACAUUAAAGUCACAUUAAUCCUGGAUCCUGCGCUGGUCAUCGACUUCGACAACUACGCCCCGGCAGCGCGAGGCAAGGAAUCGGACGUGUUCAUCAAGUGGUCCGAGCCGGGUCUCGUCCCAAGCGACCAAGAACCCGGAACAGACGAUUAUAUGGUGGGAUACGUGUGGCCCGAUACCAAGACGAUUUUCCCAGAUUUCCUGAAGCCCGAGACCAAGACCUGGUGGACCAACGAACUCAAGCUUUUCCAUGAUGUGAGUGGGACGUUUGAGUCUGUGUCUGUCUGUUUGUCUUUCAGUGAUCACACCAUCUGUAUGUCCGGCAACCAGACAGAUGGCACCAAGACCUACUUGCACUACGAUGUCCACUCACUGUACGGCUUAACAGAAACCAUCGCCACCUUCGAUGGCCUGACGGAGGUGAUCCCCAACAAGCGUCCCGUUGUCUUGUCCCGCUCCACGUUCCCGGGUUCCGGCAAGUACGCUGUCCACUGGCUAGGGGACAAUGCCGCAGACUGGAAACAAAUGCACAUGUCCAUCAUUGGUAUGUUCGACUUCAAUAUGUUUGGCUUGCCCAUGGUUGGUGCUGAUGUCUGUGGCUUCUUCAACGAACCUGACCUCGAAAUGUGUGCCAGAUGGAUGCAGGUGGGAGCCUUCUAUCCCUUCAGCCGCAACCAUAACACGAUGGGCACAGCCGACCAAGACCCCGGAGUCUGGCCUGAAGUAGGAGAGAUUUCGCGUGAAGUCCUCUCACUGCGCUACAAGUAUCUGCCUUUCCUCUACUCCCUCUUCCACAAAGCACACAUGCACGGCAAUUCCGUCAUCCGACCUCUUCUUAACGAAUUCCCUGCUGACAUCCCCGCGCGUGAUGUGGACGACCAGUUCCUUUGGGGCUCUGGGCUCAUGGUGGCUCCAGUGAUCACGCAGGGGGCUACCUCUAGGGAUGUCUAUUUCCCUCAGGGACUUUGGUAUGAUCUUGUUUACGCUAAAUUAGUGGCAACAGGACCAACUACCCAGACGGUAUCCGCACCCUUGGAGAUAAUUCCCGUGUAUGUCCGAGGUGGUUACAUCCUUCCUUAUCAGGUUCCUGCCCUUAACACCGUAGAAAGUCGCAAGAAUCCCUUCGGACUGACGGUCGCCUUGGACGAGCUCAUGAUCGCCCUGGGAGAGAUCUUCUGGGACGACGGUGAAGUGCUGGAACACGUCAUGUCCGAGUCUUACAUGAGCAAAGUGGCUUAUUAUCAGGAAGAAUUGACGAUGACGGUAAUGCACGGUCAAGACGCCGUGGCUGGCAUCAACUUGGAGACGAUUGACAUCCUCGGCUUCCCCAAGGAGGCGCAGAGGAUUAGUGUCAAUGGCGCUGAUAUUCCGUCCUCAGGCUGGCGGUAUGAUGCUGACGCGAGCCUCCUGAGCAUCUAUAUCUCUGUCCCACUGGCCGACGACCUGAAUGUCAAGAUUUAUUAUGAUAAUGGCCUGUAAAUGUGGAUGUUUUAUUCUAAAAGCUAAAUAAAUGAUAUAGUAUU